UCAUAAGUGUGUUACUUUUUUAUCAUUAUUAUUUAGAUAGUGGAUUCGAUAAUUCUACCUUUCUUAAUUGACAUUAUUUGGAUAUUAUCAUAUUAUUACUUGUGACUAUGUCUGUGACUUGUGACUUGAGUAGUCAUAUGGUUAUGUUGGUGCAGGUUGGCGGUUAGAAAAACAAUAAACAAAUAGUAAAAUAAAAAUAGAGUAGUGAAAAAUGGUUUGAAUUUGACCAAUCGUGCAAAAUGUUUAAUUUAAGAAAUAAACUUUUGUAUUCUACUGGAGUAAAAGAUACAAUUAGUGUAGUGAAGAAACCUAAAAGCACAUCCAAUGUGGAGUAUUGUUUAGAUUUGAUAAAACAGUACGAUUAUGAAAACUUUGUAUGUACCUUGCUAUUAAAAAACACUGCAAGAUCUUGUGCCAUUGCUGUACGAAGUUUAAAUGUAGAAGUUGCAAAAGUAAAGGAGCAAACUUCUGAUCCUAAAAUUGGUGUAAUGCGUUUGCAGUUUUGGGAAGAAACUGUUGAUAAAUGUUUUACCAAAGAUCCAAGAAAUGUACCACAGCAUCCUGUUGCAGUACAACUUUACAAAUCUUUAAUGAAUUCUAGAUUGUCAAAGCAUCAUUUUCUUAAUUUAAUUUCCUGUAGAAAACAGUAUUUACCUCAAAAUUAUUUCAAUAAUUUGGAAGAUUUGGAAAAAUAUGCUGAGAAGUCAAUGUCAUCAGUCUAUUACUUGAUAUUUGAAGGAAUGGACAUAAGAAAUAUACAUGCAGAUCAUGCAGCUUCUCAUUUAGGGAAAGCUCAAGGGAUAACACAACAACUGAGAAUUGCACCCUUUGCGAAACAGUUAAAUACAAUUCCAAUACCUCAAGAUCUUUUAAUCAAACAUAAUCUCAGUCAAGAAGACAUUUUAAGAGGCAAGUCAAGUAAAAACUUGAAGGAAUGUGUAUAUGAAAUUGCUAGCAGGGCUUAUCAACAUUUAAUGAAAGCAAGGAGCUUGCUACAAAAGGUUCCUGCAAAGGGUAGAGAUGCCUUACUGCCAGCUGUGCCUGUAUAUAACUAUUUAGAUCGGUUGCAAAAAGUAGACUAUGAAAUACUACAUCCAGAUUUACAGAAAAAAUCACGAAUGUGGUUAUUUCAUUUGUGGAUAUCUCACUUUCAGAAUAAAUAUUGAAAUAUUGUAUAUAUCUACUAGAAAUUGUAAAUAUCGUUUAUUUGUUAUAAAUUAAUGAAUCAAU